AGGAACGCCCGCAAGGUGGAAUGACACAAUAUUUUAUGUGCAACCUGAGUGGAGCUCUGCGCUGCGUAAAAGAAGCGGAUGAUUGAGGAUAAAUUGGGAGGUUUCCCGUGUCUCGGGGUGAUUCCUGUGUCUCGGGAGUCGAGUCUGAGCGGUAAUAGAUGAGAGAGACCUGGAGAGAAGUGUCUGUUUGAGCUCCCGGGAGUUCCAGCUCUGCGUGAAAAGGGAGCGAUGCAAAAGAGAUUGCCUAAGAGCACUGACUGACCACAGUGACAACAAUGAUUGACAACACCCCAACCUGAGACCAAACUUCACCAGAAGAACAACACAGUCCGGUAAAGCACCUGUAGCUACAGCCUGGUCCCACAGCAGUGACUGUAGCUACAGCCUGGUCCCACAGCAGUGACUGUAGCUACAGCCUGGUCCCACAGCAGUGACUGUAGCUUCUCCCCGGUCACACAAAGACCAGUGAAUGAAGAGGAAUGACAGUAGCCUGAAGCUGCUCACACACAGUAACAUGUUAACCCCUCCUCCCAAGUGACGCUCCCACCUUCUCAAAGUACUCCGUCCAUCUUCUCUCCGUCCAUCUUCUCUCCGUCCAUCUUCUCUCCGUCCAUCUUCUCUUUGUGUGUCUACAAAGGGACAGUAAAAACCUACCACUUAGUCACAAUAGGAGGGACAAAAGACAGACCUGCGAUGCGUUGUCCGGAGAUGGUGACACUGCAGGCGGUGUGUGUGUGUGUAAGUGUGUGUGUGAGUGUGUGUGUGGCCAUGCAGCAAUACCCAGCAGCUUGGGCCCACUAUGAUGUGUGUAAGAGUCAGAUCUACACAGAGGAAGGGUUAACAUGGGACUACACGGCCUGUCAACCAGAAGCCACGGUCAUGACCAAGUACCUGACCGUCAGCCUGGACCCGCCCAAUAUCACCUGUGGAGACCCACCUGAGACAUACUGCACACUGGAAAACCCUUACAUGUGCAACAACGAGUGUGACGCCACCACAGAAGAACUAGCCCACCCUCCGGAGCUCAUGUUCGACUUCGAGGGCCGCAACCCCACAACCUUCUGGCAGUCCAGUUCCUGGAGUACGUUCCCUAAACCCCUGGAGGUCAACAUCACUCUGUCCUGGAACAAGACCAUCGAGCUGACCGACGACAUCGUCCUCACCUUCGAGUCCGGCCGCCCUGAGCAGAUGCUUCUGGAGAAAUCUCUAGACUACGGUAAAACCUGGACCCCUUACCAGUUCUACGCUACCGACUGCCUCGACGCCUUCACCAUGGAGCCCAAGACUGUCAACGAGCUGACCCAGCGAACCCUCCUCGACAUCAUCUGCACUGAGGACUACUCCCGAGGCUACGUGUGGAAGUACGAUAAAACCGUUCGCUUCGAGAUCAAGGAUCGGUUCGCGCUGUUCGCCGGGCCGCGGCUGCACAACAUGGCGUCCCUGUACGGUCAGCUGGACACCACCAGGAACCUCCGGGACUUCUUCACGGUGACGGACCUGAGGAUACGGCUUCUGAAACCGGCCAGCGGGGCCACCAUGGUGGAUGAGAACAACCUGUCCAGAUACUUCUACGCCAUCUCAGACAUCAAGGUGCAGGGCAGGUGUAAGUGUAACCUGCACUCCAACAGCUGUGUGUUUGACAAGGACAAGGGGAAGCUGGGGUGUGAGUGUGAACACAACACAACAGGUCCAGACUGCGGCCGCUGUAAGAGACACUACCACGGACGACCCUGGAGCGUCGGGUCCUACCUGCCCAUCCCCAAAGGAACUGCUAAUAUCUGUAUCCAUAGCAGUCAUGGGCCAGGGCAUCGAGCUAACGCUUCAUCUCUAGGUGUUGCAAACCGUAAUCAAGCUCGGGUGUGUGACAACGCCAUGCUUCUCUGUCAGAACGGGGGAACGUGCCACCACCACCAGCGGUGCCACUGUGCUCCGGGUUUCAACGGCGUCCUGUGUGAGAAGGCACGAUGCCAGGGUCCUGGGCCCUGCGAGGACUACCCGACGUCUGGGCAGUCGUCCCUCCGUCACGCCCUCCUCUUCCACCACCUCCAUCUCCUCCACCCGCUCCUCCUGGGCCCUCCAGGUCUACUCCUCCCCUUACUGCUCCCCCUGGUGGUGGUGGUGUGGUUCUGCUGAGAAUCGUUGUAUUCAUUACAACUGGCCAGUGAACUUGUGGUAUUUGGAACUGAAGAGAUCCACUUGGCCAUGUUGUCAGCCAUGUUGUCAUUCUGAAGGACAGCAGAGCAGGACCUUACUGCAAGUACAUUCUGGACAGCAGAACGAAAGGUCAGAUUAGAAAGGCUACAGAAAAGGGAAAGGACCUCGGCCCUGAAGGGAUCAAGCAGGGACACUGAACGAGAUACUAUGUGCCCUGGUCUGAGGUAUAGGGAACCUUUAUUUAAUGUCAAAAGUCACAGUGACUGCAAGGAUGAGAGUAGAAGUGCAAUAUGGUGUUGGCUGAUAAACUGGAUGGAUAACAAAGAAAUGCUAGAUACUUUUGGUCCGAGAGAGACACAGACAGACAGACAGACAGAUAAACAGACAGACAGAUAAACAGACAGACAGGUAGCUU